AUGGCCAGAAGCGUAGCUCAUGAGAAAGCAUUGGACUACGGAAAUAUCCGGUUGAAGAAUUAUGACUUUGAUAUUGAAAAGCAUCAAGAAGCUCGCCAUCGGUACCUUGCAGCCAUAUUCGGCAAAAUUCCCAAAGAUGCCUUCAUUGAACCUCCUUUUUUCGUUGAUUAUGGGUGCAAUGUCAGUUUUGGCAAGUGCUUCUAUGCCAAUUUCAAUUGUACGUUCCUCGAUCCCACGUUUAUCACGUUUGGCGAUUAUUGUAUAUUGGGACCCAAUGUCACCUUUACCACUUUUUCGUUACCAAGUGACCCGAAAAAACGUAUAAAUGCCGUCGAGCACACUGCACCUAUCACUGUAGGCAACAAUGUCUGGUUUGCAGCAAAUACUGUUAUACUUCCGGGGGUAACAAUUGGAGAUGGAGCCGUAAUUGCAGCCGGAGCAGUGGUGCGUUCUGACGUUCCUGCCAAUUCGGUUGUUGCAGGAGUUCCCGCCAAGGUUGUCAAAUCGUAUGCUACGGAGGAGGAGAAGAAAGAGGCAUUUGCAGCUGCCGGAGGUGUGUUCUAG